CAUAAGAACUCCCAAAUGAAACUGACGGCCGGUACGAGCACCAUCUGACAUGCAGUCCCUCAACGUUGGGAAAUAAAGCUGUUUAUAGCCCCCUCAUGACAGUUCACAGUCCCUCGUGUAAAGACCGGUUAGAUCCAUUUGUUGCUGUGUGUUUUUAAUGCUCCGGUGGGUUGUGAUGUCAAAAUUUCUACUCCAGCGUUUGGUCAGAGUGGAGUUUAGUGUGAAGGUAUAUCACUAGGAGUUAUAGUGACCUUGGGAUUGCUUGCUGAGGACAGAACAGAAUUCCUGAAGGGACACAUGGUCUAGAGUGACAAGGCCAUCUGCUGUAGCGCCAGCACUAGGAGGAAGGUGGAGGGGGUCGGACAGAGGGGUGUUGAGAAUUCCUUUCGCUGGGGUGUGGAGGGAGUAGAUAUUCUGGGAUAUCGCUGCUUGCACUCUGCUGGGAAACGUGUUUCUUUGGCGUUUUUCAAACGGAAAUCUGAGGGAGAAUUUUUGAACACUUGAUGGUGAGAGGGGAUCUUUGCAGGGUUAAAUGGGGAAGAUAUUUUCUUGGCCCUCCAGCUCUCCACGAAGCAAUUGGUAAUAAUGGUCUUGGUGUAUUGCCGUUUUACUUUGGCAGAUCCAGUUUCCUUUCCCUCUCAGCAGAGCCGGAGCUGAGAGAGCUGGAUCUGUUAGGCCUUCUGGCACCGACCGCUCAGAGGAUCAUCUUCAAGGGAUCUUCUUUGGAGUUGUACUUUGCAUGGCAAGGAUCUACUUUCUUGCUGCCUCACUGAAAUUGCAUGGCCUAAACGAAUGAAUAUUUUUAUGAGGCGCCUUGUACCAGAGAUGGGCCAGGACCAAACCAAGCACCAGAUAGAGAAGGGCCUGAGGUUGUAUCAGUCCAAUCAGACAGAGAAAGCCCUGCAUGUCUGGACAAAAGUGCUGGAGAAGACCUCAGACCCUGGAGGGAAGUUUCGGGUUUUGGGAUGUUUGAUCACAGCUCACUCAGAAAUGGGAAAAUACAAAGAUAUGCUCAAGUACGCCCUCGAUCAAAUCGACACAGCCAGAGAAAUGGAGGACCCAGACUACCUUACAGAGGGGUACCUGAAUUUGGCGCGUAGCAACGAGAAGCUGUGCGACUUCCAGAAAACCGUCUCGUACUGUAAGACCUGCUUAAACAUGCAGGGUACCACUGUCAGCCUGCAGCUCAACGGCCAGGUAUGUCUUAGCAUGGGCAACGCCUUCCUGGGCCUCAGCGUCUUCCAGAAAGCUUUGGAGAGCUACGAGAAGGCCUUGCGCUACGCACACAACAACGAUGACAAGAUGCUGGAGUGCAGAGUCUGCUGCAGUCUGGGAAACAUCUAUGUUCAGCUUAAGGACUAUGAGAAAGCCCUGUUUUUCCCCUGCAAAGCAGCUGAGCUUGUCAAUGACUACGGCAAGGGUUGGAGCCUCAAGUAUCGCGCCAUGAGCCAGUACCACAUGUCUGUAGCCUACAGGAAACUGGAGCGCCUGCCAGACGCCAUGGAAUGCUGUGAGGAAUCUAUGAAGAUUGCUCUGCAGCAUGGUGACCGUCCUCUGCAGGCCCUGUGCUUACUAAACUUUGCAGACAUACACCGCUGCAGGCAUGACGUUGAUAAAGCAUUCCCCCGCUAUGAGUCUUCAAUGGCUAUCAUGACUGAGAUUGGAAAUCGUCUUGGACAAUCACAAGUGUACCUGGGAGUUGCAAAGUGUUGGCUUCUGCAGAAAGAAUAUGACAAGGCUCUGGAUUCUUUGCAGCGAGCACAGGAGUUGGCAGAUGGAAUGGGAAACAAGCUGUGUACAUUGAAGGUGCAUUGCCUGAGUGAGGGGAUUUACCGAAACCAGGGGAAACAGGAGGAGGUCAGAGAGCAGGUGGUGAAGUUCCUGCAGUGUGUUGAGGAGCUGGAGCUCUACUGCGGCAUGUGCGGCGAGUCCAUCGGGGACAGGGACCAAAAGCUGCAGGCAUUACCCUGUUCCCACGUUUUCCAUCUCAAGUGUCUGCAGACAAACGGGACAAAAGGUUGCCCUAAAUGUUUCAAGUCCUCCAUGAAACCAGGAUUUGUGUGAUUAUGAGACUGUGUUUCUGCGAUGGUUUUGCGAACACAGCGUGCUGAUUCCUCACAGGCUCCUGACUGAUCUGAGAGAAGCAGGCAGCCUCAGGAUGUGCUGAAGAUGUCUGAGGAGUAAUAAUUCACUGCUCUGUGCAGAGGAUCCUGAACUGAACCAAGUGUCCCAGGGUGCGGUUCUGGGGACUCGAUCAAGGCAUCUACUAUUAUUUACAGACAUCAGUCUGUAAGUGACUGAAGCAGACAGAGGAGGUAUAUCUGACAAUGUUACAUUUCAAUAUAAGUCCUUCAUUGAUCUGAAGACUGGCCAUUUGUUGCAAAAUUCAACUAGAGAGCAAUAUGGCCGUCUAAAGAGCAUUUAUAACUUAACAUAUGCUAUUAUAUGCAGUAGAAUUGUAUAGUAAGGAUGAGAUGAGAUGACUUCAGGGUUUGUUGUUCAAAUUCCAAUAUUACCUUUUACACUUCAUCCACAUUUUCUUUAUUGAAGUUUUCUGAUUUCUGAUCAGGAGAACACAAGAGCCAUUUCUGAACUCAACAGAUUUCAUAUAUUUAUUAUUGUUUUCAUGUACAUACUAUUAUGGUCAUUUGUUUUAAAAAGUUUGAUUUAAUUUAGGUGUUUUGUGAAACCUAAAACUAACUAGAAUCUCUUAACCGUUUAAAAACUAUUAUGUCUUUACAAAGCAGGUAUAUGCAGCUGUUUUUCCUUAUCCACUGCGAUUAAGGAGCAGGAUCAACACACAUUGUGUUAUUCAUAGAAAUUCCUUUUCUGUCCAUUUCUGGAAAUUGUUUUUAGUCUGACAUCAGCAUUAAGGACACAGAUUGUUGAUAAGGAAAUCUAUUGGGUAAGAAACUUUUCUGACCAAUUGCAUACUUGUCAAAUACUUGUUUAGAAAAUAUACAAAUGGUUUAACGUGUUUUUUUUUACAUGUUUGUAGUUAUAUGUAAAUAGGAAUUUAUUGGUACAA